AUCAUCUAGGACACAGGUGUCAAACUGCUGGCCCUCCAGCUGUUGCUAAACUACAAGUCCUAUGAGGCAUUGCAAGAUUGACAGUUACAAGCAUGACUCCCAAAGGUAGAGGCAUGAUGGUACUUGUAGUUUUGCAACAGCUGGAGGACUGCCAGUUUGACACCCCUGAUCUAGGAGCAAGGGUGUCAAACUGGCGGACCUCCAGCUGUUGCCAAACUACAAGUCCCAUGAGGCAUUGCAAGAUUGACAGUUAAAAGCAUGACUCACAAAGGCAGAGGCAUGAUGGGACUUGUAUUUUCACAACAGCUGGGGGGCCGCCAAUUUAACACCCCUGCCCUAG